GUUGAAAAGAACAGUGAACUUGGCAAGAAACCUUUCAAACCUCUUUCCGACGAGCCUCUAUUUGUGCGCGAGCUGACGUCGCGUGACGGUUCUUCGCUGGUCGCGCGAAUUAGUCUUUCAGUAAUUGCACUUUGGUCUUGGUGUAACAUCGUGCGGAGACAUGGUCAGUCAAAUUAUUAAGAAAACUAUCACGGGGCUCCUUGUGAUUGCUUUCUGCCUCGCAGGCAUCGCAAAAAUUACAGACAAACUUUCUCCUAAAGUCCACCACCAAAUGGUAAGCAGGCUCGAUCCUUAAGUUUCAGGUGCUGAUUGUUAAAAUUUAAGUUAUCUUGCGUUUAAAGGGAAUACAGUUUAGUUAUAACUCACACCUUACACUUUAAUGUCUUCUUGUUUUAUUGCUACGUAUUAAUUUACCACUUAACCUCGUCUUUACCGUCUUGUUGAUGUUGAGUAGCCCUUUUUGCUACCAUUAAAAUUGUUAUUCCACGACCCGAACAGCGAUCACGCGAAUCUCAGACAAUCCCCUUGAGUUGUUUUGGUUUUGAUAAGCACUAUACCAACUCUUCAGGGGAAGUUUUGCUAUCGUGGAAGUCUGUUGUUUCCAAAACUUCCACACGAGUACAAGUUGAUAUUUAGCAGUGAAUAACUGAUUUCUGAUAUCGCUUUUCGUUUGUUUACAUUAAUUAAACUUAGCCCUUGCAAAAUACAAAGCGUAUUACUACUUCAGCUUGUGUUUAAUGUACACGCUUUGUUGUUCACCUCUCUUUUUCUUGAUUACACAUAACUGGUUCUCUUAAUCAUGCAGGGUUUUCGUGUCAAAUGUUUCAAAAAAUCAGUAAUCAGGAUUAGCAAAUAGUAGGAGGGGGGGGGGGUCUUGAUCCUGUUUCACGCUUGAAUUUACAGCUGACAUUCACACAGUUUUUCAUGCGCCACUCAUUUUAAAAGGAAAACUUCUGAUUGCACCUUAUCUUGUAAUCCUGUAAAAUCACAUGUCACAUGUCCCUAGCUCUAACAUUAAACCUUUUGUCAUGUAUAAACCCUUUGCAGCCCAAUUCAGGUAACUUUAAAUGAAGUAACUUCAUUUGCUCUGAUGAAGGGCUAAUGCUCAAAAUGGCAGGUUUGAAACUCUCAACAGCGGCAAAGUUACGUUAUCAACUCAGUUGGUCAGACCAAAUCACCUCAUUAACUCCAAUUCAGGUGGCUCAAAGAGAUAUCAAAUUGGUGGGUAGGGUCAUUAAUCUUCUGGAAUGCCUCUAAUGGGUUAGUUGUGAUGUUUCUUUGGAAAACAUGGUAUUUUUUCUUUCCUCAUGACAGUGUUUUCUUUCAACUCACCAGAAACGUGAUUUUGCUGACCUGGCAAAGGUAAAUCCUUUGAAGGUGUGGUUUCAUCAUGAUGUAAACUCAGACAUGUAUUGUCUGGUUAUUGGCUACCUGGAAGUAAUCUGUGCUCUUGUUCUGUAUUCUGCACCAAGGCCUUUAAAGUUUUUAGGCAUAGUAAUUCUUUUAAUCAUCAUGGCAAUGAUAAUGCAGGGACUCUAUUGGCUGGGAAAACCUGCUGUUGUUUUUGUACCUGGAGCAGUUUCCUCAAUCCUGCUUGUAAUCAAUUUUAUAACACUGUUAGCAGAGGCUCCACCAAAGCAGAAAAGGAGAGAGUGAUUCACAAAUGUUGGAUGUGUCCUUAUCAUGGCCUAAUCAUUUUGCUGGAGGAGAUCAAAUGCUCUAGGACACAUCCGUCUAUCUGUCCAAAACCUGUAAAAAUUAAUUUUUUUGCAUAGGAGUGAGGGAUCAUUUCCUGAUCAGUACCUGGUAUUCAAACCACUUUUUGCAUGAAUGCAACUUUGUAUGUAAUGAUUAAAUUACUACAUCCUUUAAGCUCCUGUGAUUUUCUGCUGAAGAAAAGUGAACUGUUUUUUACCAAGAGAGAACAAACUAAACUGAUUACUAUGGUAUAUAGAAUCCUUUGAAGAUUUAUCCAUUUUGCUUCAGUUCACAUGCAACACACAUUCACAAAGUUUCAGUCUUGCUAGCUGGAGAGCAUUUUAUAUCCUUGUGAAUUAGAACUAAGAGUGAGACCUGCAGUGACAAGUUCAGCGUAGUUGCUGGUUUUGGAUUUUUUUUCAUAUUGCAGUAAAGAACAUAACUUU